AUGGACAAAUAUAGAGAGGAUAUCUUGGACAGAGGAAUUGGAUAUGCCAAAAAAGUAUACUUCUGUAUAUUACUUAAGAAAAAUAUGAAGCAGGAAGAAGAAAGCGAAUUGGACAGAAAUAUAAAAUUCAACGCUACGCUUUUAUUAACUAUAGGGCUCGUCUUGGCUUCCUUUUACGAAGGAAUGCCCCGCAUCAUCAGCACUUAUGGUUACAUGAUCUUCUUUCCACUUCUCGUUUCUGGGAUAAUGUCUUUUAUUACAAGUGUAUGCUUCGCUGAAUUGGUGACAUUAAAUCCUAAUUCAGGUGGCUCCUAUCGCUAUGUUUAUUAUACAAUGGGUGAGCUGAUGGGAUUUCUUGUUGGAUGGAGCUGCAUAUGUACUAGUGUCAUGCAAGUAUGUGAGAAAACGAUUAUGAUGACCCAAAAUAUAGAUUUAUCUCUAUUUGAUGGACGUAUGUCAAAUUUUACUUCAAAGUAUUUAUCAAUUGGAGGAUUUGAGAACUAUUUUCUUCGCAUUCUUCCAAAUGCUGAGCUUGAAAAUAUAAUUUUAAUACUGGCUGUAAUAGGUGUCAGUAUUUUGGGUGUCAGAAAAGGAAUUUUUGUAGUAUAUAUAAUAGCACUUUUUAAUAUUUUAAUAAUUUGUUCUUGUAUCACAAUAUUUUGGUUUUACAUGGACUUGUCAAAGUUCAACAUUCUUGGGGCCACUGAAGAUUUUACAUUCUUCACUGAAGGUUCUGUUGAAGGCCACUUGUUCUAUAUGAAUUUUGAAGUAGCAAUAUUUGGUGGCGCAGAGACUGUCAAACCCACAACUACAAUCCCAAGAGGCUUGGUGGAAGGAUUCCAUAUAGGAUUCAUGUUUUACAUGGUUUCAGUUAUACUUUACUCAGCAAGAAAGGGGGCUGCGGAAAAGAAUACCACCGAACCUGAUAUGAAAAAUGCUUUGUGGAAUCUUGGUUUCAAAACCUUUUCUGUGCUACCUCCAAUCGGUCUUGUUUUAUGUUAUUUUUUAAGCGCAAUAGCUGAAAUUUUUGAAGCAACACGCGUCAUGUAUACAAUGGCAAAUGAUGGUUUGAUGUUUCCUAUCUUUGGAAAAGCGCAUCGUCGAUUUCCGAAUCAUUUUAAUUCACAUAUCUUUUUGGCAGUUGUUUGCUGCUUGGUGGGCGUUUUCAUUGGUGUAGCUCCAAGUACUAAAUGGGCAAUAAUUGCAAUGGAAACCAGUAUACGUAUCAUGGUUCUUAUAGCAUAUUUGGUGUUAAGGUACCAGUGUGAUUCUGAAGAUUUAUCUCUUGAAGAAUACGCCCUUAAGAAAAGAUGGGUAUUGACUAAUUUUCCACACGCUUUAAAUAAGCCAACUAAGACAACACAUACUAUAUCCAUGUUGCUAAUAUUUCUCUCAGUAAUAAGCAUUAUAUUGAGCGAACUUAUUAUGAUAUUUUUUAUUAUUGGAACUAAUAAUACACUAAUCUUCCUGAGGAUAGGUUUUGUCAUAUGUAUCCUCACUGCAUUUAUUUCUGUUCAACUUUUAAACCAACAACCUGUCAAUAGUCGCAAAUAUUUCCUUUACAAGGUUCGAGGGAUACCAUUUACACCAAUGUUAGCCAUUACUUGGUAUUCACUGAUUCUGAUGUUUCUUCCUCCAUAUAUUUGGGUCAAGAUCUUUUGCUGGUAUUUAUUAGGAUUAUUAUUUUAUUUCUCUUAUGCCUGCCUGCGCUCAGUAGAAUACCGAAAGCAUGAAGCUGUAGGAGAAGUUGAAAGCCCUUCUGAAGUUAGUUUGCCUUCAGCUUAA